GUAUCUUAGCCGAAUUUAACGAUUUAAUCUCGUCGAUUGUAUCGGAUACCCCCUUCUUUAUUUCUGGUAUGUCGGGAUGAGGUCCGGAAAUCGUGCUGUGGAGGUAUAUUGACGUAGCAGCAGCGAAAACAAGUGAGAUACUAGUCAUGCCCAAAGCAGAGUCAUUUUUUGAUGCAGAUAGCUCUGCUCGAAGUUGUUGUAGGUCCGUAUCCAAUUGCAUAGCCCGUUUUGCCAGCGAAAUAAGACUUAGGGACCCACUCGAACAUUGCUCAGUCUUCCAGGAACGAAGCUCAGAAAUUGAUCGUAUGAAUUUCAGUACGGCCCUGGAGCACCCGCAAAUGCUACCGCUAUCGAAAUCCGGCAUGUAAGAGUUAAAUGAAUCAAGAGAAAGAGAAAGCUUUGUUUGACCCCAUGUGC